GAGAGCACAGAGCCGCAGAGGGAGAGGGGAAGGCGCAAAGCUCCCUCGUACAGUGGGUGUGUGUGACCGGUUAGAUUAAAACAGACUUGUUCUUGGGAAUGUGCGUAAAAUGUGCGUAAAAGGCGCGUAUUCGAUUUUACGGGCAGACGUUUAAUAGAUCGACAGGUUGUGGGCUAAUUUAAGUUUCCACUAUCAUACUUAUAGUUCAUUUAUGAUUUCCACAACAGUGACGCUUUCAAGAACACGGUCAAGUGAGCCUGCAGCGCUGAAGAUUUCUGAAACGUUCGAUUGUUGUGUUUGGAUUUGGCACGGGGUCUUUUAAUGUGUCCCGUGGAUUAGCGUGGUUUCUGUCUUAAACUGGAACAUGAAUACUUUAUUUAAUUCAACCGAUGUGGUAGAGCUGACCACCAGCUCUAAUGACACUAACGGGACCGUAUACCAAAACCAGUUUAUACAGCCAGUCUGGAGAAUCGUCCUCUGGGCCAUUGCAUACAGUUGUAUAGUUGUUGUGUCGGUGGUAGGUAAUGUUACAGUGAUCUGGAUUAUUAUGGCGCAUAAACGCAUGAGGACCGUCACCAACUAUUUUCUGCUAAACCUGGCGUUUGCCGAAGCCUCCAUGUCCGCCUUCAACACGGUGAUCAACUUCACCUACGCCGUGCACAAUGAAUGGUACUUCGGACUGGUCUACUGCCGCUUCCACAACUUCUUUCCGAUUGCGGCUGUCUUUGCCAGCAUCUACUCAAUGACUGCCAUCGCUCUGGACAGGUACAUGGCCAUCAUCCACCCUCUGAAGCAGCGCAUGUCAUCCACAGAGACCAAAGUGGUGGUGGGAGUGAUUUGGGUGCUGGCUCUGCUUCUGGCCUUCCCUCAGUACUACUACUCCAACACGGACCAGCUCCCAGGUCGGGUGGUGUGCUACAUCGACUGGCCCGAAAACACAGUGUGCGACUUCAAAAAAAUGUACUAUGUUUGUGUGGCCAUCUUGAUCUACUUCCUUCCUCUGCUGGUGAUGGGUUGUGCUUAUCUGGUGGUGGGACUGACCCUUUGGGCCAGUGAGAUCCCCGGAGACUCUUCUGAUCGCUACAAGGAGCAGCUGACUGCCAAACGAAAGGUAGUAAAAAUGAUGAUCGUCGUGGUGUGUACGUUUGCCAUCUGCUGGCUGCCCUACCAUGUUUACUUCUUGCUGCACCAGUUUUUCCCUGACAUGUUUGAGGAGAGGUUCAUCCAGCAGGUCUACCUGGCCAUCAUGUGGCUGGCCAUGAGCUCCACCAUGUACAACCCCAUCAUCUACUGCUGCCUCAAUGACAGGUUCCGUGCUGGGUUUAAACAAGCCUUCUGCUGUUGCCCCUGUUUCCCUCAAAGCUCUUACGAAGGACUGGAACUAAAGUCCACCCGUUACCUUCAGACCCAGACCAGCGUUUACAAGGCUAGCCGAAUGGAGAGCACCGUGUCUACUGUUCUGCAUGCUGGGGACGAUAUGGAGCAGCCCAAGGUCAAGCCGAUAGCAGGUCCAGGGCCCUGUAGGGCCGCGGUCUGCGCCAGGCCACAUAGCUCCUCCCUGGACCUGACCUCAAAUGGGUCAUCCUCCCGGAGCAUCUCCAAAACAUUGUCAGAAAUGUCCAGUUUCCACUCCAGUAACAACCUGAUGGAAUAGACCUCUAACACACAGGUGGAAUUUUGUGGGAGAGCAGAGGGAGAGAUAAGUGUACUGUUCACAUGGCCUGCCUGUGUUCAUGCAAAAUGUAAAAAGCGUGAAUGUGUGAGUUUGUCUGCAAGUGACUGUUACUGGGUUUUUGAUUAAUGCAUGUUGUAGUGUAGUCCAUUUAGGUUCACGAUAUCCUUGUUGAAAGUCAUCCCUCUUCUGGCAGAAAAUGAUCAACUGGCAUUAGAGACAUUUGCUCAAGUGCCAAAAAGUGAUGAUGUGCAUUUCGACGACAUGAGCACAUUACAGUUCAAAAGCUAAACUGAAGCAGACUCUGGCAACUCCAAGCUUCACAGCUUUUGCUUGUCUUACCAGCCUCCUCUCAGUGCAGAGAGAAGGUUUGCACAUCCUCAGUCACACAAGCAGUGUGACUUCACACAGUCUAUUUUAGAGAGGAGUUAUAACCGGAGAACAGCAUGUUGUGAACACAGCAGCUUCUCGUUUUAAAGUCUCAUUCUCUGCAAAAGAUACAUCUUGGAAAAACUUGACUUCUGACAGGAAGUCCUCAACAUCUUUGGUGGAGAAAACCUGUUUUUUACAGGAACUCUGUUGAAAACACAAAUAUCGGGAUGAAGAUAGAUAACAAAUAAUGAUAUACCCUGAACUCUGUGUGUGUGUGAGUGUGUGUGUGUGUGUGUGUGUGUGUGUGUGUGUGUGUGUUUGUAUGUGUGUGUGAGGAGAGAGAGAGGGAGAGGGAGCUGAUCAGAAUGUAAAUUAAAUCUCCCUAAGCAGGAGUUCUUCAAUCCAAUGGGGAAAACGAGUGCUUGUCUGGCAGGAGAGCUCUGUGGAUCCCCAGCAAACAUUGCUGAACAGUUCUUGCAAUCACCUGAAAUGCCAGCAGCAUCUGCCUCAGCUUUCACGUGGCUCAACACUGACUACAUGGAAGCAUCAUCUCUGAAAGUGGUGGUGGUGUUUCAGAUAGUGAAUAAGCUUACAGCAGGCCUCGAGCGAAGUGUUUCACGAGAAGCUAAACUGCCCUCUGUAAAAGAAGAAUCCCAGACUCAGUCCUCUCUGACACCACUAAACACAAACGGCAAUGGUGUCGCUGACAAAUUGAACGGCAAAGCACAGCAGAUUAAAUUUUUUCA